AUGGUCACUUCUGAUCUCGCUUCUUAAAGCUUGUCUACGUAAGUAACUGCAAUUUUCCUUUUUUUUACCCUCACCAUUUUUUUCCACUUGUUACUUACUAUAUCUGGCCAAGAGCAAGUAUACUGUAACUGACACUAAUUUAUUUUAUUUAAUUCAUAUAAUAGAAAGAAAUGGUUAUGAAAAUGUUGAACACAAGUUACAGAGGGAAAGGGAAUACGAAAGGGAAAGGGGAAUACGAAAGGGAAAGGGGAAUACGAAAGGGAAGGGAAUACGAAAGGGAAGGGAAUACGAAAGGGAAAGGGAAUACGAAAGGGAAAGGGAAAUACGAAAGGGAAAGGGAAGAACGACAGGGAAAGGGGAGAACGACAGGGAAGGGUAGAACGACAGGGAAAGGAAGACGUAAAGAAAAGGGGCCUAAGAGAAGACCUAAUAAAGAGAAGACAACAAACAGAGAAGACCUAGACAGAGAAAAGGUAGACCUAAAAAAAAGACGAAAAAAAUUAAAGCGACGUUACACUUACGAAGAGAUUUUAACGCAAAAUAUUGUUUUCAUUUCGCACGGCAAGACUCGUGACAAUUCUUUCUUGGUUGGCAAUGAAAUAACACAAAGCAAUAUAAAACAAUACUCAAACUCAAUGUUUAAGAUUUACGGUAGACCAAUAUUAAGAAGAAUAGUUGAAAUUCGUGGUAGACCAUCAUUUAUUUAUAAGUUAAGCAUAAGCGUGACCAUCAUCGUGGGAAAGAAAAAAAUUCGAUUAACUUUUGGUGAUAUAAGUUAUAAGAUUAUUUUUCCUUUGAGAAAAAUAAUUAUUAAUAAUGUCGGCGGUCGAUUAGCCAAGGCUUUACAUGAAGUUACGAAAAUUAAUAAAUCUAGAAUAAAUGAAAAUUUUCAAUAA